GCCAAUUGCGUACAAGUUUUGUCGCGUGAGUUGAGCGGGAAGAGCAUGAAUGCGGGCGAAAUUUCGAGGGAUUUCGAAGGUUUGAUUCUGUGAAUUUCUUUAGGUUAGGGUUUUUCAAUUUUUAUUUAUCGGAUUCGUACAAGAUGGAGAAGUACGAGUUGGUGAAGGACAUAGGAUCGGGGAAUUUUGGGGUGGGGAGGCUGAUGCGAAACAGAGAAACCAAAGAACUCGUCGCCAUGAACUACAUUGAGCGCGGCAUAGAUUGAUCAGAAGGUGGCAAGAGAGAUCAUUUUUUUUGGUUUCCCGCUCGGUAUCUGAGGUUUCGUCCCGACUAAUCUGAACCCAACUCAUAUUGCGCACCUGAAAAUGGUAAGUAAGUCUUUCAGUGGGAGUUGUUGCGUGCAUAACGUUUCAAACUCGAAACCUUACUUAAGUCGGAACAAACCGCUUACCACUUG